CCCGCUGAGAAAGGGGAAGGAAGAUUAGCCAUUGAAGGACUUAAUAGAGCUUGGCGGGUAAGCAAGAGAAGCGAAGAUCAAACAACUUAACCAGACGAGAAGGGGAGAGAAGUGGGAAGAGGAUGAGAACCAACUUGAUGAAUCAUCAAGUAGAGGAUCAAAUGUUACUCAUUUCUCAACUGUAUCCUAGCUUAUGCACUCCUCAGCUGGUUCCGGGAGAAGGAGAGACGAAACCUCGUCGAAGGCGAAAGAAGAACAAAGGAGAAAUCACCGAUGUUGGAACUAGGAAGAGGAAGCUGAGCGCCAAACAAGUCGACCUCCUGGAGCUGAAUUUCGGUAGUGAACAUAAGUUGGUGUCUGAGAGAAAAGAUCGGCUUGCUUCGGAGCUUGGGUUAGAUCCUAGGCAGGUCGCGGUGUGGUUUCAAAACAGGAGAGCCAGAUGGAAGAACAAGAAGCUAGAGGAAGAGUACUCCAAGUUGAAGACAGCACACGAAAGCGUAGUCGUAGAGAAAUGCCGACUGGAAACCGAGGUGCUAAAGCUCAAAGAUCAGCUCUCCGAGGCAGAGAAGGGGAUAAAAAGGCUCUUAGAGCGCUCUGAUGGAGUGUCAAGCGGUAGCCCGAGUUCCUCUUUUUCUAUAGACACUGACCAACCAUUUUUAGGAGAAUUCGGAGACCAAGGAUUUGAAAAUCUCUUCUAUAUGCCAGAAAAUUAUGUCCAAGGCAUGGAGUGGGUUAACCUGUAUUUGUAGUUAUAUGAUUUAUUUGUGUAAAUAUGUGUAAUAACCCUCCAUCUCCAAUGUAAAUUAUCUGGGUAGGUCUUAUCUAAUUAUCUCUUCUGUAUUGGUGGUUGUACUGGACCAGAUGAAAUUCUUGACAAAGAUAGAUAUUUUGUCUUUUUCUCUA